GAAAGAGGAAGGAAAAGAUAUAGAGCGAGAAACAAGGCGCGGAGAAAGAAGAGAAGGAAGACGAAAGAAGAGAGAGAGAGAGAGAGGGAGGGAGAGAGAGAGAGAGAGAGGGGUUUUAUCGUUGUGGUUGUGUUUGCCGAUAAUCAUCUUGGCCGUUUUUCGUAAUCGAAAUCGCGUUUCGUUAGCUCGCCUGCAUUUUAGGGCUAAUAUAUAUACACACAUAUAUGUAAUAUAUGUUUGUACUGCUUUUUAUUUGAAAAUAAGUAUAGAAACUGGGAAUAUAUAUAUAUAUAUAUAUAUAUAUAUAUAUAUUUUAAAGCAUGACUCAGGAAGAAAAUAAGAGCAGCUAAACGCGGAUCAAUUGAUUGCAGAUCUUUCUUGCAUCCUAACACCGAUCUUGAAUCCAAGGGAUAUCCGGGGGUUGAGCUUUUGGAUGAGAUCCUUGUAGAACCAACGGAUUGUAGGAGGCUCGGAUCUGUAACCGGGUCGCCGGUCGGGUCAAUCAUCGCCGGAUGAAUGUUUCAGGGAUCGAGAGGCAAAACGAUGAAAUGGGUAUCAUUGCUUAAGGAAAUAAAGGAAAAGGUUGGUCUCGCUCAAUCCCCUAACCCAACUGCCACUGCAGCCACUGCUGCGUCUUCUUCAUCGUCUUCCCCGUCUUCCUUAUAUGCUCCCGCGAAUUUUCAAGACUUCGUUUCAUCUCCUUCAAGAGAUAAACAUGAGCUGGAAUUGGACUUCAAAAGAUUUUGGGAGGAGUUCCGCUCAUCCAGCUCCGAAAAGGAGAAAGAAGCGGCCUUAAAUUUUACGGUGGAUGCUUUUUGUAGAUUAGUGAAGCAGCAUGCUAAUGUAGAUCAGUUAGUUACCAUGUUAGUAGAAAUACAUAUAUUUUCUUUUGUUGUGGGAAGAGCAUUUGUAACAGAUAUUGAAAAGUUAAAGAUCAGCAGCAAGAUGAGAUCUUUGAAUGUAGUAAAAGUUUUACGGUUUUUUUCAGAAGUCACAAAGGAAGAGUCAUUAGAUGGUAAACCUGGAGGGGCAUGCCUUUUCAUAUUCAUUUGGGAGCCAAACUACGGAGUAUUCUUUGGGUUCUAA